UAUAUAAGGACGAGUAGAGCUAGUUCACCUUUAUUACCUACACAACUUACAUAUUUUACGUUGAAUUAAGUGUGUGAAAAUGAUGAGGCUUGUGAUUGUCCUGUUUCUGGCUCUGGUAGUGUUACAUGAUCAUAAUACUGUAGUACAAGGUAUUGAAGUAGCUGUGCUGAGGAAAUUGGCAGCCAAAAACAAUGUAACAUGUUUGUUGGUGUUUGGAGAUUCAAGUGUAGAUCCUGGAAAUAACAACCAUCUUUCUACUAUAGACAAGGCUAAUUACUUGCCUUAUGGGAUGGACCUUAAUUCUCAACCUACUGGCAGGUUCUCCAAUGGAAAACUUGCCACAGAUUUCAUUGCGGAGGCACUUGGUUACGUAAACAUGACCAGAGCGUUUCUAGACCCACAAAUAAAUAAGGUGGAUAUGCUACACGGCAUUAGUUUUGCUUCAGCUGGCUCUGGUUAUGAUGAUCUCACUGCCAAUUUCUCGAAUGCAAUGACACUAGCGAAGCAAAGGGAGUAUCUGAGGCACUAUGAAAUCCACUUGAGCCAAAUGGUGGGAGUUGAUAAAGCAAGAGAAACUAUGAAAAAUGCACUAUAUAUGUUAAGUAUGGGAACUAAUGACUUCCUACAAAAUUACUUUCUGGAAGUUAUACGUUCUAUGCAAUACACAGUGGAACAGUAUCAGAACUUCUUGAUCCGUUCCUUGUUUACUCACGUCAAGAUAAUUCAUAGUCAAGGAGCAAGAAGAUUAGCAGUGGUUGGAGUUCCUCCUCUUGGGUGUGAACCACUUAUUAGAACCAUUCGAGAUGAUGAAACCAAAUGCGAUGAUGAUUUGAACAAAGUUGCUUUCACUUUCAAUCUCAAAAUCAAAAGAGAAUUGCAAGCUCUUAAAAGAUUAUUUGGGAUUAAAGUUGCCUACAUUGACAUCUAUAGCAUCAUUCUGGAAGCUGUCCAAAAUCCCCAAAAAUUCGGUUUUACAGAGACAAGUAAGGGGUGUUGUGGGACAGGAACAGUAGAGUAUGGAGAGAGUUGUAAGGGGUUGAAAACUUGUGGUGAUCGAACAAAGUUUGUGUUCUGGGACGCUGUUCAUCCUUCUGAGAAAAUGCAUAAGAUUAUGGCUAAUGAAGCUCUUAAAGCUAUUAAUGUUGAUUUACUCGACUAAUAAUCAUCUUUUUCUUUUUAAUCAUUUUGUUAAUUAUUGUUGCUUGUUUCCUACCAAUAGUUUGUAGUCA